AUGUCGCUCUCUGCACUGGUGCUGCUGCUGCUGCUCGUCUGUGUCCAGGCUAAUUUUUAUGGUAUAGUGGUGAACUACUACCCAAGUGGCAAUAAUUCAACAGGAGCUUCCACUGGCAUUCUUUAUUACAAGUUGGGCUACAGCCUCUGCUUGUACAGUGUGCCCUACUACAUCAACGGUCAGCCACUUGUGCUACAAAAGGUCGAUGAGCCGAUAAGUGGAGAGUGGUGCCAAACUGAAGGAGUCAUCUCUCAGUAUUUUUCCAGCAACUCUAUGUUUUCAAUUCCGGCCUCUGGCAUAGACUGGAUCUUUGGCAUCAAAAAUGGCAUUGUAUCAUUUAAAAUUCAGGCUCUGGUGGAACUGAGGAUCCGCUCUGACAUUGGCAAAGCCAACACAUCACCACAGACCACUAUCAUACCAGCUAUCAGAGUUCCAUCAAACUGUCCAAGAAAUUUGAGCCUGUUGAUGUUUGAUCCUGAUGGAGACAUAGUGAAAUGCAGAAAUGGAGAUGCAUCACUCUCAGAGUGUAGUCCCUGCACACCACCGUCUGUCCUCAGCCUUUCACCAUCCUCUUGUACUCUGUCAUUCAGCCCGACAAACAGCAGUGAUGAAGGUCCGUAUGCGGUACAGCUGAUGAUAGAGGACUUUCCCAGACAGAACAUAACGUUGACUCAAACCAACGGGCCACAAACAAUAAUAACAACCAACGACGCUAUCAGCAAAAUGCCAGUUCAGUUUGUCGUGAGAGUGGAUCCUGCAGUGCCAUCGUGCACAGAGGGACUCUUUCUACCCAUGUUCCUGCCUCCAACCCCAGCCCACAGAACCCAGCUCUACACCUACGUCAAUCAAACUCUGGCUAUCAGCAUCAAGGCACAGACACUUAACUCCACGAUCUCUGAGCUGCUGUUCAGCGCACCGCACACAGUAACAGAAAGUCAAACAGGCCCAGGACAGUUCACACUGACGUGGACGCCAUCUAACUCAGUAGCUGGACAAAGCCACCCCAUUUGUUUUGUUGUCCAAGCUGUUUUAGGGGCAGCCAAGUACCACUCUGAGCUUCGAUGUGUCAUUGCGACCGUUGCAUUGCCAACUACAUCACCCAAUACACCAGCGUGUGAGUAUGAAGGCCUGGACUAA